UUCCACUUGAUGCCCCGGGAUCGUGGCAGACUCUCGCUUAGUUUGUCCCAAGUUGAGCGAAAACACGGAGCAGAAGGUGGAGAUGAACAGCAGCGGCUGGAACCAGACUGAGAGCGCGCUGCUCAACCGCACCGACGACCUCCUCCUCUGCUGUAACUUCUCCUCCGUGGUGACGGACGACGGCUUCGUUGCCGCCGCUCCGGACGAGAGGAGCCUGUUCAUCAUGAGAGUGGUCCAGAUCGCCGUCAUGUGCGUGCUGUCCCUCACCGUGGUCUUUGGCAUCUUUUUCCUGGGCUGCAACCUGCUCAUAAAGUCGGAGGGGAUGAUCAACUUUUUGGUAACGGACAGGAGGCCGUCCAAAGAGGCGGAGGCGGUCAUCGUCGGAGCCUACUGACUGACCGACGGCUGGAUU